AUGUUUAGACUUGAUAUAACCCACUCUCUAUCUAUCUAUCUAUCUAUCUAUCUAUCUAUCUAUCUAUCUAUCUAUCUAUCUAUCUAUCUGUCUGCUUUUCUGUAUCUUCUAUCUGUUUUUCUGUCUGUUCACCUCUCUCUCUCUCUCUCUCUCUCUCUAUAUAUAUAUAUAUAUAUAUAUAUAUAUAUAUAUAUAUAUAUAUCGGUCUGCUUUUCUGUAUUUUCUAUCUAUCUGUUUUUUUCUGCCUGUUCAUAUCUAUCUAUCUAUCUAUCUAUCUAUCUAUCUAUCUAUCUAUCUAUCUAUCUCUCAGUCUUUACAUAUGUAUCGCUUUUCCAUUUCAGUCUUUUCGUAUCUAUCUAUCUAUCUAUCUAUCUAUCUGUUUGUUUUCUGCCUGCACAUUUCUAUCUAUAUGUCUAUCAGUCCCCACAUUUGUUAAUUCUCUUAUUCGAUGUAGAUACAAAUUUUUUGAACACAAGUUCACUGUAA